AUGGGCAGCAAACUAUCCCCACUGCUGGCAAACGUUUUCAUGAGCGACUUUGAAGUAGAACUGCAAAAAGAAAAAUUGUUCCCCCGAGUGUGGAGACGUUAUGUGGACGAUAUUUUCGCUGUUGUAAAGGAGCGGUAUCUAUCCCAGGUACUUGACCUGCUGAAUGCCCAGCAUGAGAGCAUAAAAUUUACGCUGGAGAAAGAGGUGGACGGGAAACUACCGUUCCUUGAUCUAAUGAUCUCCAAGACAGAGGAAAAUAGAUUAAAGUACGCAAUCUACCGCAAACCCACCUCUACGGACAGGUAUAUUACUUCGGAUUCUCAUCAUUUUGGUGCGCAACAGCAAGCAGCGUUCCAUUCCAUGGCACACCGCUUGUAUAACAUUCCCAUGGAAAGAGAGGAUUUCGUGGAAGAGAGAAAUAAAAUCCACCGAGCUGGGGAGUUGAAUGGUUAUAACAGGGAAUUUGUGGAUAAAAUUCUCCGGAAACACGAGAGAAAGAAACACAGGAGGAAUGCCACGACACUGAAGCCGGAAAAAGAGGAAGUUAAAAGGAUCAGCCUUCCGUUCUACCCAAAAAUUUCGAACCCGAUCCAUGCAACCCUUGAGCACCAUGGAUAUCAGGUUGUAUACAAAAGCAGUAACACGUUGAAAGACCUGUUGUGCAACCUGAAAGACAAGGUCCCAGCGGAUGAAAAAUCUGGGAUCUACCAAAUACCGUGUCAAAAUUGCCCUGCGGUGUACAUUGGGCAAACUCGCCGGAAGUUCAAAAUUCGUCUUCGUGAACAUAAACACGCGGUCGAAAACAAACGGACCAAUGAAUCAAGCGUGGCAGUACACACUACUCAUUUGGACCAUGCUGCGGAUUGGGAAAAUGCUAAGCUGGUGAAGAAUGUGAGAAAAUCCACCCAGUUAAACGCAUGGGAGUCCAUGUACAUUGCCACAGCGAAUCGUCCUCUCAUGAAUGAAGACGAUGCCCCGAUACAGUCACCCCCCUUCAACCUGACAAAGCUGAGAAUUCAGUAG